AUGGUGGCCGACGCUCUAAGUCGAAGAGUGAUGUUUAAUUUGAGGGCGAUGUUUGCUCGCCUUAGUCUGUUUGAUGAUGGGAGUUUGUUAGCCGAGUUGCAGGUGAAGAGUGGUAGUACUUCUAAUUUUGGGUUGAAUAAUGAUGAUAUUCUGUGUUUUCAAGGCCGGAUUUGUGUGCCAAACGAUUCUGAUCUAAGACAGUCUAUUUUGAGGGAGGUUAAGGCUGAGCAUCAGCUACCUUCGGGUUUUCUACAACCAGUUAAGAUUCCUUUGUGGAAAUGGAAGCGAGUAACAAUGGAUUUCAUUAAUGGGCAGCAGAAGUCUUAUGCGGAUCUGAAGAGACAUGAGAUUGAGUAUGCUGUGGGGGACUUAGUGUUUCUGAAGGCUAGAUUUGACUUUGAGGAGGAGCCAGUUCAGAUUCUGGAUCGUGAUGUUAAGGUUUUGGGGAAGAAGUCCAUUCCGUUAGUGAAGGUUAUGUGCAGCAUCAUAGCACUGAGGAGGCCAUGUGGGAACCUGAGUUCUCGAUGCGUCAACAGUAUCCUCAUUUAUCUUGAUCAGGUUCUCCUUCUUGAAUCGCUGUCGUUUUCCUUGGUUGAAUUGUUUCUAUUGCAAGGGUUCUUGAAUCGACUUGGUAAAGGUGGUCAAACAUAG